AUGGAGUGUAACAAAAUUCAGUUAGUGGCAAUUUUGUCAUUCAUUUUUCUGGUUCAAAAUAUUCAAGGGUGGGGAGAAGAAGGUCAUGCCAUUACUUGUAAGAUCGCUCAGGCUCGUCUGAGCGACGCAGCUGCAGAUGCUGUGAAACAAUUGCUGCCUGAUUAUGCGAAUAAUGAUUUGUCAAGUGUUUGUACAUGGGCUGAUCGUGUCAAGUUUGCUCUUCGUUGGACGUCUGCUUUGCACUAUGCUGAUACUCCUCCUAAGCUUUGCAACUUUCAAUAUGCCAGGGAUUGCAAGGAUUUGGAAGGCGUGAAAGAUAGAUGUGUUGUGGGAGCAAUUAACAAUUACACCACUCAGCUUCUGGAAUAUGGCAAAAAAGACACUCAAUACAACCUUACACAAGCACUUCUUUUCCUUUCUCAUUAUAUGGGAGAUGUCCAUCAGCCUCUACAUACUGGUUUUACCACAGACAAGGGAGGAAAUACAAUUGAUGUUCAUUGGUAUACAAGGAAGCAAAAUCUUCACCAUGUUUGGGAUGCUAACAUUAUUGAAACAGCAGAAGAAAGAUUCUAUGACAAUAACAUAGAUGAAUACUUCAAGGACAUUCAAACAAAUAUCACGAAAACAUGGUCAGAUGAAGUAGCAGAUUGGGAAGCAUGCAGUUCUGAUGAGGCAACGUGUCCAAAUGUUUAUGCAUCUGAAGGUGUUAAGGAUGCUUGUGAAUACGCAUAUAAAGAUGCUCCUGAAGAUGCUACACUAGAAGAUGAUUACUUCCUAUCGCGUUUGCCGAUCAUCAGUUUGCGAUUAGCUCAAGGAGGAGUUCGAUUGGCAGCAACCCUCAAUCGUGUUUUUCAGUGA